AUGGUGAAAGACGCAACCAUAACCGUCGUGCCAGCAUCACCGGCUGCCACAAGCAGCGAGCCAGCCUCACCAACCAGCACCCACAAACUGGUAGGCGAAAAUUCAUACUGGCCCCUCAUCGGGACCAAAGACACGAUACCGACAUGGCUGCGCGAUAACGAUUUCAUAGUAACCGGGCAUCCGAUGCCUACAUAUUCAUACAUCAAAUCCUUCCGACUCUGGCGAUGCCUACACAUGGAAACAAUGAAUAUCUACACCCAUCUUAUCGGGUCCAUCGGGUUUUUCGCCACCGGGAUUGCGCUUUAUAAUACUGCAAAGUCGACGUCGUUGUUGACUUGGACUGCAGGCGAUACCUUCGCUUUUGGAAUAUCUAUUACUGCUGCGACGUUGUGUUUUGCAUUAAGCACGACGUUUCAUACACUCCGCAGCCAUUCAUAUCAUAUCCACCACUUCUGGGGCCGGAUGGAUAUUUUUGGGAUCUGUAUUUUAGCACUGGGUGGCGGUGCGUCUGCGAAUUAUUACGCUAUGUACUCCAAUCCCAAAGUUCAAAGAAUAUACUGGGGUAUAAACGCCGGAUCUGCAUUGAUAGCGGCAAUAACUCUCUUCGAUACCGGUGGCGGUGGCACAAAAAUGCGUGCCCUUCGCGGUGGAACUUUUAGUAUCCUCGCUAUCUCGGCCAUGUUACCGAUCUUCCAAGCGAUAGGAACAUUGGGGUGGGAUAGAGCAUGCACAGAAAUUGGAGCUCAGUGGUAUCUUGCGGAAGGAAUAAGCUUGUUAGUUGGAGUUUCUUUAUUUGUAGGAAGAAUGCCGGAGAGGUUUUGGCCUGGGAAGUUCGAUGUUUGGGGACAUUCGCAUCAGUUGUUCCAUACUUUCGCCGUGGCGGGGACGGGAUUCCAUGUUGCGGCUUUAGUGGCUGGGUAUAAUUAUCGACAGGGGGCGAGGUAG